AUGACUUCUCCAGACCUUUUUGGAUCCAACAAUUUAAGCACUUUGGCACUGAAGUCCAAGGCAAUUUAUUUAGCAGAGAACCAUACCAUGGAAAUUUACGUGGGAGCCACAGCACCAAUGCUUUGCAACAGCACCUAUUCUUAUUUGUGCAAUGAAAGCAAACCUCUAAGCCUGCCAGAUAAAUCAGAACACCAGCAGUACAUCAUAGGUCUUUUCUUGUCUUGUCUUUAUACAAUAUUCCUUUUUCCUAUUGGUUUUGUGGGGAACAUUCUCAUUUUAGUGGUGAACAUCAGCUUUCGUGAAAAGAUGACUAUUCCAGACUUAUACUUCAUCAACCUGGCAGUGGCUGAUCUCAUUUUGGUUGCCGACUCCCUCAUCGAGGUUUUUAACCUGGAUGAAAAGUAUUAUGACAUCACAAUCAUCUGUACUUUCAUGUCUUUGUUCCUUCAGAUCAACAUGUAUAGCAGCAUUUUCUUCCUAACAUGGAUGAGCUUUGACCGAUACAUAGCAGUGGCGAAAGUAAUGAGGUCCAACAUAUUCCGCACUAUGGAGCACGCCAGGCUAAGCUGCGGACUCAUCUGGCUAGCGUCCAUCUCUGCAGCGCUAGUGCCCUUCACAGCAGUGCAUCUGCAACACACAGGAGAGAUUUACUUUUGCUUUGCAGAUGUCAAAGAAAUCCAGUGGCUAGAAAUCACCUUGGGGUUCAUCAUCCCUUUUGCCAUCAUAGGCCUUUGCUACUCAUUAAUCGUCCGAGUCCUUGUCAGGGCUCACAAGCACAGGAGUUUGCGGAUACGACGGCAGAAAGCUUUGCGGAUGAUCGUUGUGGUCGUCCUUGUCUUCUUCAUCUGCUGGCUUCCCGAAAAUGUCUUCAUCAGUGUGCAGCUUCUCCAGAAGACAGAACCGGUUCCAUCACGGAGCCAGUCUUUCAGGCACAGUCACCCCUUAAUGGGACAUAUCGUAAACCUUGCUGCGUUUUCCAACAGCUGCCUGAAUCCCCUUAUCUACAGUUUCCUAGGUGAAACUUUCAGAGACAAGCUGAGGUUGUAUAUUGAGCAGAAGGCCAAAGUAUCAGCUCUACAUCGUUUUUGUCAAGCGACCCUGAAAUCGGUCAUUCCCGAUAGCACAGAGCAAUCAGAAGUUUAAUUUAGGGGACCGUACUGAAGAUACCAUAAUGGGAACAGGAUCACAAUACCGGUUACUCACAGGAAAAUAUAUAUCCUAUGCACCAAGAUUUGUACUCUUGUUUUUAUGACAACAUGUACAAGGUACCCAUUAUUCAUGUAAUUAGGGAAAGGGUUAAUAAAGGCUCGUGGAAUGUGGCUUGGGUGUAUCUGCCAACAAAAAAGUGAACA